AUGGGUGAACCAAAUACUGACGGAGGCUACAGGGAACCCUCGCGCUCUAUAUUUGCGCAGCAGGAUCUGCACCACUUUCUGGGAUCUCCUGCCCAGCAGAUGAUUUUGGUUUUUGUAAAGCACUUGAACGAAAGCGUUAAGGGCAAGAAGAUCUCCAGUGAGUACGAAGUGUCACCGAACGUUAAGAAGGCUGUCGAUUUGAUCAAGGAAAUUGAUUCAUGGAUUGACGAAAUUCCGCCCAUUCAGCAGCCUAUGCGCUUUGGGAAUAAAGCCUUUCGAACAUUUUACGACCGAGUCAUAGAAAGAACGUAUGAGAUGCAAAAGAUUAUGCUACCUGAAAAUUUGCGUGGUGCUGUCGUUGAAUUGGCGGCUUAUCUCGGUGAAUCAUUUGGCAACCAAAUUCGAAUCGACUACGGCACAGGCCACGAAACCAGCUUUAUCGUAUGGAUGUGCUGUUUGCACAAGUUGGGCUUUUUUACUGUGUCGGACUUUCCAGCACUAGUGCUAAGGUUGUUCACGUCGUACUUGACACUGAUGCGCCGCCUUCAGAAGUUGUAUAUGCUGGAACCGGCAGGCUCCCACGGCGUGUGGGGUCUGGAUGACUAUCACUGUCUUCCUUUUUACUUUGGAUCCGCUCAGCUGAUUGGACAACACGAUAUUGUUCCAGAAAGCGUGCACGACGAUGACAUUUUACUCGCAAACCACGACGAGUAUUUAUAUCUGGAUGCCAUUAAGUUUAUAAAGGAAGUCAAAGCAGGGUCGCCUUUUGCAGAAACGUCGCCUAUGCUGAAUGAUAUCACUGCUUUGCCAUCGUGGGAGAAGACUAAUGGAGGCAUGCUCAAGCUGUACGAGGGUGAAGUACUGAAGAAACUGCCUGUGAUUCAGCACUUGCGCUUUGGUUCAUUGUUUCCGUGCACAUGGACUCCAUCCCACGAUGCCAGUGAUGGCUCAUAUGUUCCAGGAAGUAUGCUUUCAGGGAUGAGCGUUCGUGCCUCAAACUUAAAUCGGGACGGUGUGUCGACCAAAGCGCCGUGGGUUACGGCUGAAACGCAUGCGGCUACCAAGGACACUGGCAAUGUCACCUUCGCACCAGUGAGUGAUACGUCCAAUCAUUAA